GUACGAAGAAGCUAAGGACAACGUUUCGGCUUGUCUGGUCUCGUAGCGCCCCUGGGCUCCGUAUAAAACUGCUUCACUGAGUUAGAAGACUUGCAAGUGUGGUCGUUAGUGAGUAAGCGAACAUGACCUGUGUGUGGUGGAGCGUAGCGGUGAUCGUCUUCACCUUCGGAAGUGGUGGCGCAGAUGCGAAGGAUGUGUCGCGGUCCAAGCGAGCAUCUCUAUCCGAAGAUUACGAAUGUCCAUACCCCGACGGCCUAUUCGCGGACCCGGAGACAUGCCGCAGGUUCUACAUCUGCUCCGCUGGAACGCCCUUCAGUCAAACAUGUCCCCCAUCGCUUUACUUCGACGAUGUUAAGAAGUUCUGCACCUUCAAGAAUAAGGAACUGACCUGUGGUCCGGUGGAAACGACCACCACGGAGAGGCCACCCCCUGAUCCAGAAGUAGCUCCAAAGUGCGAUCCCAGCCAGUGCUCUCUUCCAGACUGCUACUGCAGCUCUGAUGGGACUCUGAUACCAGGCCGUCUGGAGCCCAAAGAUGUACCACAGAUGAUCGUGAUUUCCUUUGACGGCGCCGUCAACAACAUGAACUACAAGCAGUACCGUUCACUUCUGAACAAGGAACACAGGAAGAACCCCAACGGAUGUCCUAUCAGAUCGACCUUUUUCGUCAGUCACGAGUACUCCAGUUACUUUGACGUGCAGAAGAUGUACGCUGAUGGACAUGAAAUUGCUUCGUUGGGAGUCACCCACCGUGGACCAGAGAGCUGGUGGACAAAAGCCACCUACGAGAAUUGGACUGAAGAGAUGGCCGGCAUGCGAGAGAUCCUCACCCGCUUCGGCAACGUCUCCAAAGACACCAUCCUCGGCGUCCGCGCUCCGUACCUGAAGCCAGGGGGAAACAGAAUGCUAGACAUGAUCUACGAUUUCUCCUUUGCCUACGACUCUUCCUUUGCCGUGCCGCCCAGUAAAGUUCCCUUGUGGCCCUACACAUUGGACUACCACAUACCUCACAGCUGCGUCAACCAGGGUUGCCCGACGCAUUCCUACCCUGGCGUCUGGGAAGUACCCCUCAAUGCCCUGUACAGCGAAGACGGCACGGGUGGUCAGUGCUUCUUGGCCGACCAGUGCGUCUUUGCGGAUGACGAGGAUAUCGUCUUCGAGUUCCUGCUUGAAAACUUCCUCCGUCACUACAAGACGAACAGGGCACCUCUUGGACUGUACUUCCACGUGAACUGGUUCACGGACAAGGUCAAGACCAAGGCUCUCCACCGUUUCGUAGACCAUAUUAUCAAGAACUACGACAACGCCUGGUUCGUCACGAUGCAGCAGCUCUUGCUCUGGAUGAGGACUCCCAAGAAGUCGACAGAGUUACGCGACUUCGAGCCGUGGUCCUGCGAGAAGAGGACACCGGCGUGUAACAUUCCGACCAUGUGCGUCCUUCCAUUCUCCGGAGAGGGAUAUUCGGAUCUGAGGUACAUGGAGACAUGCACCACGUGUCCCGCGAAAUAUCCGUGGAUCGGCAACUACAUGGGAAGGUACAAGGGAAAGAUGAUAAUGGACCAGGUCGCAGCUGACGAGCUCGAAGGUCACCUCCAGAAUAUCACGGCAGAGAACUGAGACGGAACUGUCAGGUGUUCAUCGAAGAUAAUGCUGAAUUUGUUUUCUCUCCUACGGGUAGGAUGAGACGUACUGUGUUCAGUGAUUCGUCUAUGAACUUCAUACAUAUUGUAAUCGCGGGACACAGCGUUAUGUGUUUUUUUUUUUCAACUUGAUUUCACAAGACAGACGGUAAGCGAUGUCUUAUCAUUACUGAAGAUCCGACACCUUGAACCAUUCUUGGUGGAAUUUCUCUGCACAGACAUGGGAUUUCCGUACAACUGAGCAGAUGAACAAACCGAAGCGUAUCUUGCAUGUAUACAAAGUGUACCUGUACAGUUAAUGUUUGCAAGAUAUCUCUUGUUACGUCACCAUCACAUUCCAAGUGUGGUUAUGAUAUAAUGAUGUUAUCACAUUUGCACAUUGACGUGAAACAUUUUUUGUAAGCUGCGGAGGCCAUCCUGCAGCUGCUGUUGUUGAUGGUACUGCAGAAGAAUACAAGUAAAAUGUGUUGCUAAAAGA